CAUCGUCAACAACGAAAAAAAUUGUGAAGGGGAAAAAAAUGGGACCACCAUGCGCUGAAACCUGCAAUUUCAAAUGUCAAACCAAAAUUGGACCAAGGGAAAGGCAACAAUUAUUUGAUAGUUAUUGGAAACUUGGAAAUUUAGAUAAACAGCGUCAUUUUCUUCUCAAAUGCAUGGAAAAAAUUGCUCCAGCGGUGAGAUUUACAAACAAACACAACCCAAGACUAUUAAACAACUCUUUUAAUUUUUUUAUCGGUGAUGAGAAAAAAAGGGUUUGCAAGCGGUUCUUUAUGAACACUCUAGGUAUAAGUGAUAGACCCAUCAGAACCGUUUUGAAAAAAACGAAUGAAAUGGGAUUUUUGGAACCGGAAAAAAGAGGAAAACAUGCCAACCACUAUCAAAUCGAUGGUAGGAUCAAACAAUCAGUUAGAGAUUUCAUUAAUGGCAUUCCACGAAUGGAAAGUCAUUACCUCAGAGCGCAAACAUCGCGCGAAUAUAUUGAAGGUGGUAGAAGCCUCGCUGACCUUCACCGAGACUAUAAAAAACAGCAAGAUGAGAAAGGAGAGUCGCAUGCAAAUCUUGUAAUGUUCUCAAAAAUUUUUAAUGAAGAAUUCAACAUUUCAUUUUUCUCUCCCAAAGAAGAUUUAUGCAACUUAUGCGAGUCUUUUAAGAAUACUCCUGAUGACCCUACGCUGACAGAAAAAUAUGAUGAUCACCAAUAUGAGAAAGUACUCAGCAGGAUAAGUAAAGACUUGGACAAAGAUAAUGCACGUGAAAACACAUCUUUCAUUGUCGCCUGCUUCGACUUACAAGCUGUGAUGCCAUUCCCUCGUGGCAACACCUCAUUGUUUUAUUACAAGUCUAAGGUUAACUGCUAUAAUUUUACCAUAACCAACAUUUUAAAUGGUGAGACGAAAUGUUAUUUUUGGCAUCAGGGAGAAGGAAACAGGGGAGCUAAUGAAAUAGCGUCCUGUAUCUUCCAAUAUUUGGAAGACCUGACCAUAAAAAUGAAUGAUGAAAAUUUAGAAGUUGUGUUUUACAGUGACAAUUGUUGUGGACAGAACAAGAAUAAAUUUGUCAUGGCGAUGUUCUUGUAUGCUGUUCAUCACUUAAAAAUAAAAAGUAUAAGCCACAGAUUUCUAAUCUGCGGUCAUACGCAGAAUGAAGGCGACGCUGCUCAUUCAGUGAUCGAAAAAGCUGUGAAGCAAGCUCUGAAGAGAGGGCCAAUAUUUUUACCUCAACAAUAUGUAACAAUUAUACGAGGCGCUAAAAAGACAGGGUUACCCUAUGAAGUGAAAGAACUGUGCUAUAGUGAUUUUUAUGACAUAAAGAACCUUCAGACACAGCUGGGCAACAACUUUGAUAGAGGGAUAAACGGGGAAACAGUUUUAUGUUCAAAUAUAAAAGUCGUGAAAUAUGAAAAGGAUAAACCUUUUUCUCUCCAAGUGAAAACCUCCUAUGAAAGUGAAGAUUAUCUGGAGAUAGUAACAAGAAAGAGAACAAGGAAAAAUCAGAUGGUUCUGGUUCCGGCCUAUACAACUAGGCCAAGGAUUGAUGCAAAGAAAAAAAGAGACUUACUAGAGUUAUUUGAUGCUAGCGCGAUUCCUAAGUCGUACUUACUUGUUUAUCAGGUCUUAUUGGAUUUUGACAAUAGCCUUUAA